AUGCGGCGCUUCAAUUCGGAAUCGCGACUUCAAACUGAAACGACUUUUGGUGUUGAUCCAAAACCAUCAUCUGAAGCGAACGUCACAACUACUGGCAAUCUUUUCUAUCACGAGGACGACCGCAGUAGACGUCGUUACGACGACAGUCGUCGGUCUCUAAGAGUCUACUCUAGGGCUCCGAGCGAGCCGCCGACACCGCGUCCGCGACGCGUCACAUUUUCUCGCGAUAUCGUCGAGCAGUUCCCCGAGCCUAUGCCGCGCUCCAUUUCCUCUUCGCAGUUGAGAAAUCUGUGAGGCUUCCUUAAGAGGUUGAAAGUCGGGUUAGAGAAAUACCUAAAAUCUUUUUCCCACCUCUUUCAAGAGUUUAAGAGCAUUUUUAAAAAAAAGAAAUUAUUUCACAAGUUUUCAAUCCUAAUUCGACUUUAUAUGAAGUUUGUGAAAAAUGAUCGAAAUAAAGUUUUGAUGGGAUUUUUAAAACGACGUGUAAAUGAUAUACAUGCGCGUUUAUAGAAAGUUUAUAUGUGAAACAAGUAAAGAAAAAAUUAUUCUCAUUGAAAAUACUUCUCUGUUUCAGUUUGUCCGGAUCGUCAGUUUCAUCUUCUCGACACCCCAGCGAACAAGUCAAUGCUCAUUCUGGUAAAUUUCUUUCGAAAAGAUCUCAAUCCCCGACAUUUUUCUUCCAGCCUUCCACCAGCCUUUGGCCUACUCCAACUUGCCAACAACCUCUACGCCAGUCCGGCUAGCGAUCAGCCUGCAGAUUGGCGAUUACAAAGUCUGGGAUUUCCUGGGCGAGGUAAUGGUUGAACCUUGGUUUCUUCUCAAUUCCUCGAUUGCACAGGUGAUGUCGCGAGGCUGGGCCGACUGCGGCACGUUCCGACUCGCUCCGGCUUACGCCCUCUACCUGGCUUUGCGCUUCUUCCAAUCGCACACGAAGGCCUAUUUGGUCCAGUUUUUCGCUCGGAUAGAGGCCAAUUUGAAACAAAUCGCAACGGUGAUCUUUUUUUUUUGAUGAAGCGAGGAAAUAUUCUAACGAAUUCAGUUUUAUAUUUCGGAUAAUAUAGAUCGAAUAGGUUCAAGACUCCGUUAAUUCCUUAAAAUUCGGGCUUUUUCUCGAAUUGAAAUUUCUGAAAAUUUUAAUUUUAGGCCUUUCGUUUGUGAAGCAAUUAUUACCAUACCUGGCUUUUACAGGCUUCUUUUUUCUAAUUUUCUUCUGUUUGUAAAAGUUUUUAAUAUUUUGAACUUUUUGUCACAUACCGAAUUGUAUUUGAAACUUCAGAACUGCUCAUCCCGCGACGAGCUGCUCUUCUGGAUGGCAAACGCUUCGGAACUGAGCUACUUGGUGGACCGAGAUCCAGACUUGAGGCCGAGAGCUGGGAAACUGAGCGUCGAGGUGGAAAGAGUGUUUCGGAGGCUCUGCACAGUUCUUCUGGGGGCCUUGCGACCUUGCAGUCGACCUAUGCUGGACACGCGGAUCUCGGACCAGGACGGCAGUGGUUAGAAUCGUUGUCUCGUCUUUUUCUCAAUGGCUUUUGUAUUGCAGCCGAGCUGAUCUCUCUGCUCGACAGCACCCUCCGCGCAGCUCGCACCUCGAGGCUCAACGCCGCCCUGACCAUCCAGAUCAGCGGUCACAUGCUCCACACCGUCAACGCCUUCAUCUUCAACCAUCUGGUCGGCGUCGGAGUUUCGCCAGUGCCCCUGACGACUCGGCUUGGCAAGAGUCUUCAGGCUCGUCUUGCCUCUGUCCACAGGUUUCCGCGCGGCGCUUUUUUUUUUGUGAAAAUCUAAAAAGACAUUAGACAUGAAGUAGGAGGGUAGAACUGAAAAAGUUUUCCUGGAAGCUAUUUUGGAAAAAUGACAGUUUGGUCGUCAGAUUUUCAAUCCGCAUAAUGUGGAACGGUUCUUUUUAAAUCUUUGAAUUUUGAGCCUCACAGAGCAUUUGGAGUUCGUUGAAAAUGAUCUUUCAUAAUAUUUUUCAAUUCUCAAAUGACAAAAAUAUUAGUUGAAUCAGAGUUUUCUAAAUUGUUCGAUCCAAAAGAAAUUUUUACAACAAAGAUUAUUUUAGGAGAGAAUCACGUAAAAAUAUUUCACACAUAAUUUUUUUAAAGAUCAUUUUUCGUUUUUUAAAAGGAUCAUACUCAGUUUUCCUAAAGCUCUCGAGGCUAAGAGCUUUUUUUUCGUAUAUCGAAACGAUUCUAAGUAUCCGAAAAAGGCUUAUGAACAUACAAAAGCCGUUUUAUUGAACUGAAAAUUAAAAAAAGGUUUUUUUGAAGUGAUUUUUUUGCCCCAAAAUAAAGUUUGGAUGAAUUGUAAAAACCGAUCGAAUGUUUAAGAUGGGCCGAAGGUAUGGGCGUAGAACUGGCAGCCGAGUGUCAUCUGGACAGAAGCCGACAGGCGGCGAAUCUCCUCGCCGCGCAGAAAAACGACGUCGCUGCGCUCGGCGCCACCUGCUACAAGUUGAACAGUAUGCAGGUUAUCUUAUAGAGUAUAUUGAAGAAAAAAAAAACGAGAUCCUAUUUUAGAUCAGAAGGUUUUUGUCGGCUUUUGAGCAUGAGGAUGGAGAAAUCCCAGUGGAUAGUGACGUCAUCAACCGGAUCGUUCGGCUGGCUGAAAAGCAGGCUGAUCUUCUUACCAAAGAGGUUCGUUCUUUUAAAGAAGUGUUGAAUUUUCGAUGAUUUCAGGACGGUCAGAAAAUCACUCUGGAAGAACCGGACGAGCUCAAUUUGCCAUUCCUGAUACCACAGGACGGAUACACGGCGGGUGAGAAUUCAAAAAAACUGUUUUUAUAAUUGCAUUUUUCGAAAAAUCGUAAAAAUCUCACUUUAAAACUAUGCAGACUCUAGGGACCUGUAAAAUCUCGUUCAAGAUUUAGAAAUGACAUUGAGAACCAUUUAAAAAGGAAAAAUAAAUCAAAGAGGUCAUUCAGAGAGGAUUCCGCGAUGAAAGUUUGAAUUUUGAAAAACUAUCAUCUGAAAAUACACUGAAAAUAAGUUUUCGAAAUAAUUUCCAAUUGUUUACUUUGAGUCAUUCCACGACUUUUUCAAGACGAAGAGACUAUAGGUGCAUUUUCAUUCAUGUUUAUUGUUUUUCUAAAAUUUUAAAAGAAGUUCAGAACUUCUGACGGAUGUCCCCGAAGGCCUGACUCAAUAUCUGAUGAAGCUGGAGGAUCGCCGCGUUUGCCACAGUGUGUCCCUUCUUGACAGCAAUGAGGUUCGUGUUUUAUCAUUUUUUUCAACUUUUGCAUGGGCUGAAUUAGUUUUCCAAAAAGCUUAAAGUAUCGUUCCCUGUGUUAUCUAUCUUUCACCACCUUGAAAAACCACACCUUUAUAUCGAUUUUCUGUUUGCUCUUAUCAAAUCGGUACAGGUAGGCUAUCGAUGCUUCAAGAAUUUCAAAUUUGCAUUUUCACGUAAAUCAUUGUUUAUUUUGAACUUCAAUCAAAUCAAGUUUUUUUUCAAACACUUUUAUUAGUUCACAUAUUUACUACGAACUUUUGAAUAAGUCACUAAAAGUAGUUAUCCUUUAUGAUUUCUCCGAAAUAACUGGUAGAAAGUCAAACUUGCACCUUGACAAGAAAGUAUGAAUAAAAAAAUCGAAAAAUCAAAUAAUUUUUCACAAAUUGUUGACUUUUUCAAGUGGUUUGGUAACUAGACGGUGAAGUGUAUAACGAGUGUUUACCAUCAUUUGAAAAAUAGUACUGGCCCUUUUUGCCUUUUUUUAUUAUAAUGCUUUCUCCGAUUUUUAUUCUGAGUUUUUUUAAAGUUCUCUAAAGUUAGGAGAAAGCUGCAAAAUUUUUUUCUUGAGUUAGAUUAUCAACAAAGAUGACAUUUAUGCAAUGAACUUCUUUAUUUACUUCCAGAAUCAAAUAUUUUAGAUUAUGAAAUAAAUUUCUAAGACUCAACUUGAUAUCAUUUUUUAGGGACUGAUUCUCCAAAAUAAAUUUUUCGGUUCUUUUUCCCUUUUUCUUUUUUUUUGAUGACCUUUUUACUGCAAGUAAAACUCGACCUGGCCGUCCGUAUUUUAAAAUUCGUCUCAUAGAAUCGUCAUUUCAGCAGAUUCGUGCGACUUCUGUUGCUAACGAACACAUGAACAUGUCGACCUCGCAAAAUGGCGCGAAUUUCCAACCGCCGCCGCCAAUCACGAGAAGUGCCUCCCAAACGACACUCACCAGCAUUCCAACCACGCAAUUUGUGAGUUUUUACUGAUUCAUCCGGAUCAAAAGUAUCAAAAACUUAUCAGGAAAUUCUAAUUUUUAAGAAAAAGAGAAGGAGAAAAACAAGGGUUCUCUUGAAAGUGAUGUCAUUUGAUUAAGAAUAAUGAAAUUAUAAUGAUAUCUUUUUUCAUGGAUUUCUUUCCCCAGGGCGACAGCUUCGGUAGCAACGGCGAUGACAUUAUUCGAGUGCACUUGAAGCGUGGAAAUGGUGGAAUCGGAUUGAGUAUCGUCGCGGCACAGGUUUUAGUUUUUCGAGUAGGUGAAAAAGGUAUAGGUUUACUCCGUAAAAAAAGAAAUUGAAAGCAGAUAUCUGCAUUUCGGUUGAAUACCCUAAGUUAUUAUAUGGAAAAAGCAUAAUUCAAGAAUGAGGCGAACAUAUAAAAGAGAUAAAGUGUUACAAGAUUUGAUUGGAAUUUGAAAAUAUGUAAAUCUGUUCGAAAACCCUCGUUGGAAUGCGGAACUUGGAACAAGUGCUCCAGCAAGGAUAUUUGAACUACAGUAUCCAGCUAAAAUCAAAAACAAAGUGAAAUUAGUUGUGAAGCUACCUGUCUAUCAAUCUUGAAAUAGAUGGGCGACAUUCCAUCAUUUUCUUUGAAAUUUUCCACUUUUCAUCUUGGCUAAAUUAUUCCAUUUCUCACACUCCUUAAAUAAAUGCAACCUUGUGAAAACUCUCCACGAGGGUAAUUAGCAGCAUUUACGCGAUUUCGAGCGAGUUUCCCUCCAUCCGCCGCCACUUCGCGCAGUUCUUAAAACCUUAUGCCGUCAACAAGCUGACGGAAGGCGUGAAAAACAACUCCAGGCCAUAGAAACCCCCUCUUUUCCCUUCAUUGAUCACCAUCUUCGAUCUCCUCUUUUAUUCGCUUCAAAGAGCUUUUUCGAUCGCAAAUGGUGAUUGUGGGAGUCUACCUGAUUCAUGAUGCCAAGGUUCUUUUUUUUUCGCGAGAAACUUUUUUUGAAACCUAUGAUUGUUGUAUUGAUGGCUUUAAACGGAGGCGCAGUCGUUUGCUCAUACUUUUUAUUAAAAAAAAACUUUCAAAACUUGAAAUUAUAUAGUUUUUAGUUUACUUCGAACAGUAUUAGAAUGUCUCUUUUGCUCAAAAGGCUUCUUUUUUCAAAAAUUGAUCCUGAUAAGUCAAUCAAGACUGACAGUAAUCAAUAAUUUCCUGUCUAUGAUGUUUCCAUGUUACUCAUUCAAUUUUGUAGGGAAUCGGUGAUCGCAAAAUGGGCAUUUAUGUGAAAAAAGUGGUGGAAGGAACGCCAGCGGCGGUCGACGGAAGACUGUGCACCGGAGACCAACUUCUCUCAGUCAACGGUCAUUCUCUCCUUGGAAUCAGCCAGGAAGAGUUCGUCUUCCUCCAAUUUUCAUCUCAAUAUCGUACCUCAAAAUACAAUAGUUUAUCUCUUCUAGUGCCGCCAAACUGAUGACGAAUAGUGGGCCGGAAGUCAGCUUCGAAGUUCGAAAAGGCGCCGCCCAUCGGAAUGGGAUCGGAGCGUGGCUCAAUGGUACUCCUACGGUGAAUUUUUGAAAUAACUUAGUUCUUCGAACCUUUUUCUCGUUUUUUAGAAUGUUUUGAAAUUGAUUUUCACAGACGCCGUCAACAUCUGGAGCAGGACCACCUCAAUACAUCCCUCCUUCUCCCGCCAUGUCUUCGACUCACGCUCCUCCGUCCUAUUCCAACUUCUCCUCGAGUCACGGCGGAAGUCAGCAGACAGUAGAAGCUCCACCUACUUAUCAGCAACGGUAUCAGCAACAGCAAGCAGGUCAGAGAUGGCUCCGAGUUUGAAGGAAAAUCUGGACUGUUUCAGGAUCCACGCGGUCGUCAGGACAGCCGACUGCGCCGUCCGUCCGAAGCGUGCCGUCGAUUCCUGCGCAGCACUACCAACAGCACGCGCAGCACCAUCAGAUGCAUCAGACAAUGACUCCCUCUGCCGUCGUCGAGCCUCUCCAGCAGCCACAGAAUCUCGUUCAUCGCCACUUCCGCUCCAACUCUGCAUCCGAUCUUCAUCAGAACGAUGUGCGUCGAAAUUUUUACCUAUUUUCAAACGAGUCAUUAAAAUUAAUUUUAUCAGAAUUACGAGUAGAAGUUCAUGUUGCUCCUCAUAAUAAGGAGAGAGAAUUUUUUUUUUAUUUGUUUCGAGAAGCUAAAACUUCAAAUAUAGUAAUUUCCAAAAUUUUCAGUCAAACGCUUCAUAUUCCCAGCGGUCGGCUACCAACGGCGCGCCCUCCAACUUUGACAAGCUUCCGGCGCAUUAUCGUCACUCGAGCCGUCCGACCGUCAUCCAGCCAAGUAAAAGUCCUUCCCCAAGGGUCUUGCUCACAUUUCGCUUUCCUCAGGUCGACCUGGAGCCGUGUCUCCUUCGGCCCUCAGACGAGGAGCUCAGUCGCCGUCGGCCAUUUCUACCAACGGCUUCGGCGGCCCUCUGUACCGUCCGUCUAGUGCCAGCAAUCUUUUCGCCCCUCCUCGGUCGCCAAAUCCAUUGCAUGGCUACUCCAGCAACUCGGCCAGGGAGAGCAAUCAGGACAUUUAUAGAGCGGUUAGUGAAUAAUUUCUUUUAAAUCUUUAAGCAAUUGACAGUCAUCCUUUUUAACUUCAAAAUAGUUAUGGCAUUUCCUCAAGUGACUGAAACCCAACAAGGAACCUCUAGACUACUCUAUUAUUUUUGUCAGGGAAAGUUCCAAAUUCUCACUUUAUACUGCUUUUCAAUUCAGUUUUCAUCCCCAUUGAUUUAAUAUCAACUAACGCGUGUUAAUUCUCUAACGAUUGGCGUGUUCCUUGCAGAGUAUGGCGUUUGACUCACCGCCGGCGGCGCAGUCGUCACCUCGAGAGGACAAGUACCAGCACUACAGCCACCAGGCUGAUUACUCGAGCUACUCGGCCUCCCUUCCACAGCCUCUCAACUCUUCUUCGCCCUACCAGAGCCGACCUUCCAGCAUGUACGGCUACUCCUCGCAGAACCGCCCGUCUUCUACUGUAACCGCUCCGACCUACUCUCAACAACAAGCUAGAGCUAACAAUUCUCCGCCCCGUGUGAGUGUGGCCAACAGCACGACCCACGUCUCGCAUCCGACUUCUUCCUCCUCGAUUCAUGCAGUUUCGCGUUCUCAGGAACCGGCUGUGGUCCGACCAAUGGACUUGGGAAUGCGCCGAGAAUACACUGAAGAACGACAGACGACUUCGUCCGGAGUCAUGAGAGGAGCCGUGCCGACGGCCAUCACACAGGUUCACCUUUUGUAUCGUAACCUGUUUGCAAUUCAAAAGUUCUAGGCUCUGCAACUUCAGCAAGAAAAAGGACUCCCGCUUCAUCCUCAGCCGAUGAGGUCGGCGGCAGCUUUCAGAGAACGCGGCGUCGACGCCGAUCUGCGGCAACUCGAAAGGACCAACACCGCCUUGAUGGUUGGGUUUCCCACGGAUUCUAUUGCAAUAAUUCAGGAGUUUUGCAGAGUUACGAAGCGGUGAACGACGAAUUGGACCGUCUGGAUAUGAAAGGAAUCAACAUGACCGAGGAGGAAACCAGGCGCUACCGAGAGCUUCUGAACGUGGCCGCCGAGCAGAGUCGCACGAGGCGCGGUCUGAGUUCGGAAGGUUAUUUUCUAGUCGAUUCAAAAUUCUGUCUGUAGCCUGUACUAGGAAGAUGGUGUCUUGAAAGGUUUCGAAAAAAAAUAUUCUCACCGAAAAACUCUUUUUUUGAAGCCUAACCCGAGCACGUGCAGGCUUCAUCUCAGAUAUGAGGCCAUUUUGACGUACAAGCUUUUGACUCCCUAUUUCCGACUCACUUUCGAGAGCUGAUAAAAAACAAACUAUUUCAGCGGUCACACACAAGCCGGUGGUGAUCCACCACAGACCUCUGCCCGUCCCGGCCUCCUCUUCUUCCGCGUCGACGUCACUCGGCAGCCGAGUCCGCACCGAAACUCUCAUCGAUGACGUCAGCAGCUCCUACCAAACCGUCAACGGAUCUGCCACCAGGUUUCCACGUUUUCGGAUCAAACUGAAAACCCUUUUUGUCCAGGGAAAACGUCUCUCCAAACUCGGCGGACGCCCACAAGAUACACUACAUUGACAGCGACUUUCUGAACAUAAAUGGCAAAAGAGACGACGUUCAGCUCAUUGACUCGCCUGGGGUAUCAGAUAAACCCAAAACAAAUGCAAUUCAAUCAUGGAUUUCAGAUUGUCGGAGCGCAUGAAAUUUACCGAGAUCCCCGUCAAAGAAGGUUGAAUGAAAUUCAGGUGAGUAAUUUUUUCAAAUCAAGAAAGAAUUAGAUUACUUUGGAUAAAUUUUUGAUCGCCGUGAAUUUUUUUUUAAUUUAUGGUAAGCUGAAUUUUUAUGCAAUACUUUUCUCUUUUAAUAUGAAUAGGGAAGGUCUCGGGAAUUUUUUCGGAAUAAAAAAACUAUUUUUGCAUAAUAUUCAAGUUGUCGGGUUUGUACGGUGAAAAAAGGUGAAAAUUUCCUUCAAGGUCGCAAAAAAAAAAUCUGAAAAGUUUCGUUGGAAAUUCGCAAAAAAGAACAGCAGAAGACUCUAUCUGUUAACCCGUUUUUGAAUUUCUAAAUAGACUGAGAAUUUAAAUUCUCUGUGCUCUUUAAUGUCUGAAAUAUUAAUGAAAACUUGCUGAAUUGGAUUUUUAUAUUUAAUAACUGAGGAACUUUUCUCAUGAGGAACGGUCAGAAAGUAUUCGAGCAAAUAAGUUCCAUCAUUGGUUCUCAUCUUCGUAUUUCCCAGGAACGACAGCAGUCGCAGGUGCCGAGUUCUGACGGAGCGAGCUUGGGCUUCAGAGACAAGCAGAGGCUUUUCGCGGCCCAACUCGGCGAGCAAGGGACGCCCAAGCAGCGCGCCGUCGUCAGCAGUGCUCAACGCCAAAUCGAACACGACAUCUCAUAA